UUCGUUUUGUACGCGACGCCCCGACCUCGAUCUCUCCUACACCCUUCGAUCCAAUUAUAUAUAUAUAUAUAUAUAUCUUCUUCUUCAAGUUAUAUUCCGUUUUUUGAUUCUAGUUGGAUCCCAUAUUCUUCAUUCACACCUCCUUUCCCUUCUCCGGAUCUCUCUAUGCUUCUGAGGUCCAGGCCUCUCCAUUUAUUCUCAAUUCUCCCCUCCAGACUCUACCAUGGAUUUUUCAGACAAAAUGCAGAGGUGUCAUGAUUAUAUCGAAGCAUUGGAGGAGGAGCGUCGAAAGAUUCAGGUCUUUCAACGUGAACUUCCUCUUUGUUUAGAGCUUGUAAGCCAAGCGAUUGAGUCAUGCAGACAACAGAUGUCGGGGACGACCCAGGAAUAUUUUCAUGGACAAUCUGAAUGUUCUGAGCAGACCUCUAGCGAUGGUCCUGUGUUGGAAGAAUUUAUCCCAAUAAAAAAGAUGUCUGAUGAUGAAGAUGAACAACAAUCUCCCCAGCCUAAUGAUAAUAAAGACAAGAAUAAUGACAAGUCUGGGAAGAAAUCGGAUUGGCUUAGAUCUGUUCAGUUGUGGAACCAGACCCCAGAUCCACCCGUCAAAGAGGACACACCCAAGAAGAUACCAUCCAUGGAGGUGAAGAAAAAUGGCGGUGCCUUCCACCCUUUCAAGAGAGACAAGGCAGUUGGCACCAACCCAACAUCGGCCCCGUCUGCGGCAACCAGUUCUACGGCUGAAACGGCCACCGGAUGCAGCAGUGGAAGCAGAAAAGAAGAGAAAGAAGGGCAGUCUCAGAGAAAGGCCAGGCGGUGUUGGUCGCCGGAGUUGCAUAGGCGGUUCUUGCAUGCCCUUCAACAGCUUGGUGGUUCUCAUGUUGCUACCCCAAAGCAGAUCAGGGAACUGAUGAAGGUUGAUGGGCUUACUAAUGAUGAAGUCAAAAGCCAUUUACAGAAAUAUCGGUUGCACACAAGAAGACCAAACCCGGCCAUUCAACAUAAUGGGAACCCACAAGCACCCCAAUUUGUAGUGGUGGGAGGCAUAUGGGUUCCACCGCCGGAGUAUACAGCAGUGGCUGCAACUACAUCAUCAGGAGAAGCAACCGGAGUCACCACCGCCAAUGGAAUUUAUGCACCGGUGGCUUCAGUGCCACCUUCACACCCACAGGGGUCAACUCAAAGGCAACAACCGAUGAAGCCCAAAAAGUCACAAUCCGAAGAAAGGGGCAGCCACAGUGAAGGGGGUGUUCAGUCUAAUUCCCCAGCCACGUCUUCCUCCACCCAUACCACCACAACUUCCCCUGUGUUUUAACUUUCAAACUGUGAGAGUGAUGUAGAAGUUUUGCGAGGGAAACCUUAACCAAAAGUCGUUUAUAUGGAUAUGAUCAUUUUUGAGUUAUUUCUUGUUCGUGAUUUUUGCUAAUGUCUCUGGAUUGUAACAUUAGAGGGUUUUUUUUUUUUUUUUUUUUUUUUUUUUUCACUUCCUUGUUAUACAGUGGACAGUGAUAGUGAGAGCCGAAGCUGAAUAAUGACCCUCCUUGUAGUUCACCACCUUGCUGUUUGUAGCAGUGAGUAAAUAAAUAAAUUGUUUGUUUUCAGAA